AAACAAAUACUAAAGUAUCGUUUUGGGGUGUUUUCCUUGAACUAUUAUACAUUUCAACUUCAACGGGGUGACGUUAGAGUUGGACGUCCCAAGGAUACCGUAUAGCAACGACCGAGAGCGAACCCUUGCUUUGCAAGCCUUUUAUAUUUCAGUACUCCCCUGGCAGUAGAGUAAACUCAGCUCAGCUACUCUGUGUGCACUGCUGUCACAGUCACCUUUUUACGACAAAACACCGCUGUCGUUUUUAGGCGCAUAGGUUGGAUUUUAAUGCCAGAAAACCAAGGAAAGUUAAUUUGUUUUUAUCAAGCUUCAGUAUAGUCCAGUACAUAUAAUAUUGCAUCCGAGUUUAUCGAAUAAAUACGAUUUAGAAAGAAAUGGAGGGGCUCUUCCACGAAGAUUUGGCAGCCUUGUCAGAUUUGGAUGAACAAAGUUUGUUGGAAUCCCUGAGUCAACGGUUCAAACAAGAUCGCAUCUAUACCUACAUUGGGGACAUCUUGGUGGCCAUAAAUCCAUUUAAAUACCUCCCUCUGUAUGUGAAAGAGGUGUCAGAGAGGUAUAAGUACCAUGAGAAGAGCAAGCUACCUCCUCAUAUAUUCGCUGUGGCAGACAGGGCCUACCAGUCCAUGCUGGGAAGGUUGGCCACAGGACCCCGAAACCAAUGCAUUGUUAUCAGUGGGGAGAGUGGAGCAGGGAAGACAGAGAGCACUAAGCUGCUGCUCAGACAGAUCAUGGAGCUGUGCAGAGCCAACUCUCAGCUGGAGCAACAGAUACUACAGGUGAAUCCUCUGCUGGAGGCCUUUGGCAAUGCACAGACUGUGAUGAAUGACAACAGCAGUCGCUUCGGGAAGUACAUUCAGCUGCGCUUCCACAACUCCUCAGUAAAAGGAGCUAAGAUCAACGAGUACCUCCUGGAGAAGUCUCGUGUGGUCCACCAGGAUGAGGGCGAAAGGAACUUCCAUAUCUUCUACUGCAUGCUGGCCGGCAUCUCCCCAGACGACAAAGACAUGUAUGGACUCCUGGAUCCCACGCAGUACAGGUAUCUAAAUGGGCGGUACGGCUCUGAGGACAUAGUGAGGAAAUGGGGGGAGAAGUACAGUGAGGUGUGUAACGCCAUGGACAUGGUGGGAUUUGAGGAACAGGAGAAGGUAGACAUGAUGACUAUCCUGGCAGGGAUCCUGUCUCUGGGAAACAUCAUGUUUGAGCCCACAGAGACCGACGCGCUCAGGGUCACUGGCAAGUCCAUGGGCUGGCUCAAAGCCACAGCCGGUCAGUUUGGGGUGCAGGAGGAGGAGUUGCUGAGGAGUCUGACCUGUACUCUGUCUGUGACGAGAGGAGAGGCCAUCCGCAGGCUGCACAACCAGCAGCAGGCCGAGGAUGCCAGGGACUCCAUUGCCAAAGUGGCUUAUGGGAGAGUAUUCGGCUGGAUUGUCAGGAAAGUUAAUGAACUGCUGGCUCCCAACGUUGACUUUGACGUUGAACUGAAUGAAAUAGGUAUCCUUGACAUUUUUGGGUUUGAGAAUUUUGCCGUGAACCGUUUCGAGCAGCUCUGCAUCAACCUGGCCAAUGAACAGCUGCAGUACUUCUUUAACCACCACAUCUUUCUGAUGGAGCAGAAUGAAUACAAGGAAGAGGGCAUCGAGUGGGAAACCAUCUCCUUCAAAGACAACAAGCCUAUCCUGGACCUGAUCCUUACUAAACCCAUUGGGAUCCUUUCUCUUUUGGACGAGCAGAGUGCCUUUCCUCAGGCAUCAGACAGAGACUUUGUGGACAAGUUGAACAGUAAAUUUAAAAGCAGUCCACACUAUGAGGUGGUACGGAGUCGCAGCCCCCUCUUCACUGUGGUUCACUAUGCUGGGAAGGUCCAGUAUAACGGAGGAGGCUUCCUAGAGAUGAACAGAGACACCAUCCCAGCCAGCAUCAGAGACCUCUUCAUCAACAGUGUCACCCCUCUACUCAGUGUCCUCUUCGCAGCCACUAUCUCCAGGACAGGGACCUUGAUGCCACGCAAAGCCAAGCUCAUGCAAAAGGCAGAUGACAACUUUAACUCAACUAGGAAACAGUCUGUGGGGGCCCAGUUUAAGCACUCUCUGGCUGUGCUGAUGGAGAAGAUGUUUGUGGCCAGUCCUCACUUUGUUCGCUGCAUCAAACCUAACGGCAACAAGCUUCCUGACCAGGUGGACAACAAAAGGGUCAUGGACCAGCUAAGAUACAACGGCCUGCUGGAAACCAUCAGGAUACGAAGAGAUGGCUUCUCCUGGCGACCGUCGUUCAAAGAAUUUGCUCAGAGAUAUAACAUUCUGCUGAUAAAGCCAGAUUUACCACUAACCAAGGAAAGCUGCAUGUCCAUCCUCAACACUACUGAGAUACAUGGCUGGAAGUGUGGCUCGUCUCGUCUGUUCUUUAAGUACUGGCACCAGGAGGAGUUGGCCAGGCUGUUGGAGAGACUGGGCAAGGCAGCACUUGUCAUCCAGAAAAACUACCGCUCUCUGCGCUACAGGAGGAAGUACCUGUCCCUACUGUUGGAGGUGCGCAGACAGAGGCAGGCCCAGAGAGAUGGGGAGGAGGAGGAAGCCAGGGAGGAAGAGAGGAGGAGGAAGCAGGAGCUGGAGGAGGAGAUGAGGCGACUGGACAUGGAGCAGGAGAACAAAAGGCCCGUCUCUCCACCCGUGCCCCUACCCAGGAGGAAGAAGCCUCAGCCCCGGCCUCGCUCCAUCCUGCCCACAGCUGCCCACCUGGCCCCUGUCCCCCGGCCCCGCAACAAACAGUUUGAGGCCACUCCCUUUGACAACCUGGAGGUGCACUGUGAGCUGGCUGAGCUGGUGGGCCAGGCGGGGGGAGAGGAGCGGGCCAGGGAGAGGAGCAAGAAGAGAAGAAACAACAUCCGCUGGUUCAAGGAGACGCAGGCCCGCAAGGUGGUCCGCAAUGGUGCCUUCCCCUGCUGGUUCCAUGGCAUGAUCACACGUAGACAAGCGGAGGAUCUGAUGACGGACAAGCCUGUAGGCUGCUUCCUGAUUCGUGUAGGACAGAGCCGGGAGGGCUACACACUAACAUACAAGGGGGCGAACCGCUGCAGGCACUACAUGAUCGAGAUGCAGUCCAACGGGAAGUAUGUGAUCCUGGGGGAGGAUAAAGCCCACCCCUCCCUGCCUGACCUGGUGCAGCACUACAGUCGGGUGGGCAUCAAGCCCUUCAACGAGCUGCUCACCACCUCCUGUGGACAGACAUGUGACCAGAACACAGACUACGAGGAUUUGAAGGGCCUGGAUCACCUGGCCUUGGCUGACUGCGGGAGCACCAAGUCUGGGGAGGAGGGUGAGUCGAGCCUGGAUCCGGCCCACCUGGAGCUCCAGCGGCUCUUCCUGCCACAGGGCCAGAACCCCGACCUGGAGGCCCAGAGUCCCCCAGUCCUCAGGCGGAUAUCUGACCGCAGACACCGGGCAGAGGCUGGAGGAGGAGGGGAGGCCCGGGGAGGGAGGCUCAGGGAUGGGGAGAGAGGAAGAGCGGGGGAAGAUGAGGAGGGCGAGCGGGACCACAAGAGCAGGCCCUUUCCCCGGUUGUAUCCUUCCAUCCGAUUGGCUAUGAGGGAGAUCCAGCAGAUCCAACAGCACUUUUCAGAUGGCCAGGAACAGAGCCCCACUGUCUCUCACAGUCCACCCAAACCCUUCUGGAGGAGGAAAGAGUCAUAACCCAUGUGAUGGAGGGAGUUCAUUCAAAGCUGCUAUUUGUUGUUUUUGCCCAUCUUAAUGAGUUUACUGGACCUUAUUCUGUCAAGAAUUAACCAGAUUUGAUAAACAAAUUGUAAGGAGAUACUUCCUUGUUUACUACUGUUUUAUUUUGUAUGUUUUAUUUUGUUAAUAUAAAUGUGUUUUAUGUUUCUGAAUGUAUUCUUAUUUUACAUGUGUAUUUAAAUGUAAAUUAUGCAGUGGGAAUUUUACAUUCACUGUUUUACU